GCCAGUCGGUGCAUGACAGCCGGGGAGCGCGGAGGUUCGCGCGCGCGCGGCAACAUGUCGCUCAUAGCCGCGUUACUUGUGUUCCUUUUUCUCUCAGUGGAUACCGACGCGAGAGUCGAGCAUGGCUCCAUAUGCGACUCAAAAUACUGCGCCUGCUCCCAGUCCGAGCACCCAUCAUGGACGUCGGUCAACUGCACCGUCCCGCCUACCCAGAAAUUGGACAUACUGGAGGGAGAUCUACCUUCCUCGACUUCGACGUUGACCAUAACCGGUGCGGAAGCGGUGCAGUUAGGUGCCAACUCACUGAGCCGUCUCGUUGACGCGCGAUUCAUUCAGAUCUAUGACUCCAAAGUUAUCCUGAUGAGAAAGUUCACUGGCGUCAAACUGACCAUUACUAGUCUCAUGCUCGACAUCGACCGAUGUGAUGUACUACGCAUCGAAGAAAACACCUUUAGCAGUAUCAAAGGCCCACUUUCGGUGUCGAUCAAAAAUUGCGAUGUUGUGUCGUUUGAAGGCGAGGCGUUCUCUUGGCUUCUUUCUAUGGAAAUCACUAACGUACGCAAACUCCAACUGGGCAAGGGCUCAUUCACUCUGGACCCUACGGCGGCCAAUGUUGGUGAACACGGCCCCGGGAUGACGGUGAAAUUAAAAAACGUCGGGAUUCCAGAAAUUCCGGAACAAGCCUUUGGUUCAUCGGCCGCAGAAAUCAGAAUGGAAUCAGUUGAUACAAGCAUCAUUCGUUGGGGAGCAUUUUCUGCGAACACCUUCAACGUCGUUAUGGCAAUUAACUGUUCCAUUCGUGACAUUGAAGGAGAAGCAUUCGCACAGAAGUCGAUGAUAAACUACUUGCGGCUACAUCAGAGCAAAGUUCAUCACUUUUCUUCAAAUGCUCUGCAAUCGGCAAUUGUAAAGCUUGAAUUUACAAAUAACCAAAUCAACAUCGUCGAUACGGGAGCUAUCAAUGCUACGGCUAUAGCCGCUGUUACAUUUGAAAACAAUGAGUUUCACCAUUUUCAAGAAAAAGGAUUUGUCCUAACUUCUUGUAACAAAUUUUACAUAACUGGAAACUCAUUUGACAAUUUACCACCAUUUUCGAUUACAGCACCGGGUUCAACCCCUCACGAACUUCAAUUUAGCCACAAUGAGAUCGAAACAUUACACGAAAACAGCCUGGUUUUCAUCGGCAAUGCCUACACAAUGAUCGCUCCGUUGGUGUCCUACGGAUACAAUUACUAUGGUCAUCCUUGUCACUGCAACUUUAGUGACUUUUUAGGAAAAGCCUUAGGAUAUAAGUCCGGGGAACCUUUUGAACAUGACAGUUAUUGCACUGUGGACGAAGUCUUUGCUCGAUGUUUCAACGUUCCCGAACAGAACAUGCAAUUUACUAAGUUCAAAGAAAAAGUUUGCACGGAUCAGGAUAAUAUUGAAUGCGAAGCAUAUCGCAGUAAAAACCAAGGUCAAGCAGUUGAAAUAAAGAACCCAAGAUUUCCUCAUAAACACAUUGAAGAUGAAGGCUUGAGCGAUAGAGAUAAAAAAGUAAUUGGCAUUGUAAUAGUCACUAUUUUAGGAUGUGUAAUCAUUGUUAUGAUUAUUAGUUUAAUAAGAUGCAUGAGGAGAAGGGGUUACUGCCUCAGCAUCAAAAACAUUCUUUCUUCAAGUUCGCCCUGUGGCUCUUUUUGUGAAAGAGUGUGUGGUGUAAACAAUGGCUUAGAUAACGCGCGGUCAAUUUCCCAACUGUCUAUACAUGAAUAUUCUGAACGGCGGCGUUUAAACGAGCCGAGAGAAAUGAUGCAGGAGACCGCUUUACCCAAUACAUUCACAGACCAGAUUGUACCUAUGGAUGACAAGAUGACUCAAACGUUGCCCGAGGAAUUAACUAAAGAGCUGUUGGAAAACUUGAAAGAAAAAUUAGAGGACCCAGAGAAUUAUGUCGAAGCACGAGAAAUGAUAGAACACCUGUACGAACUGAUCAAAGUAGAGGAAAGCUGCAAUACGAAUUCUCCCACCAUAGUGAACGUAGAGGAAAAUAUUUAUGAAUUACCAUUUCAAAAUACUUCACCGCGAAUUGGGAAAAACAAGAAGCCCAUGAUCAGUGUGGGAACCCGGACACCAUCCCUGGACAAGCUAUUGCCGCUGUCACCUUACAAUAGACAAACUGCCUUAGCGCAUGAAUAUUUUGAACCAAAGGAUUUCGCAGUGCAUCUGUAUGCCGAAAUUGCUAAUUGCGAUAAGGAAAGGAAAAAUUUCCUUGGUGUCCUUCCAGACGUGCUCGCCGAGCAGCCUGUUCCUCGCGGACCAUAUCUCCGAGCCGUUCGAGAUAAAAUGAAUUCCAGCUCAAGCUCGAGCCCAUCGGUGAAAUCGAUCAACACCGUUAUACAGAGCCCGCAGCAUAACUCAACGAUCAAAUCUAACAAGUCAACGACAUCUAACAACUCUGGCAAGAUGAUGAAUCGACCCCUGCCGGAGAAACCUGUUUUCCAAGACCCCGGUGAAGGUACGUCAUUGAAGCUCGGUUGAGAUUCGGCCUGCGGGCGACCGGCGCUGGAGCACGAGGUUGUGGCUGGCGGCAAGACUCGCCGCCGUGCUCAGUGCCCCUCGUCGCCUGCGCCCUUCUACAAUGCCCGCGGCGACUACUACUGGGGAAUAGAUCCCUGCGCGAUGGUCUGACUGCAUUCCGGGCAGGAUACUAGCGUUUGGCGUUGCUUAAGCGUUUCUUUGCUGUGAUAUUAAUAUUGAUUAUGUUUAAUUUUAAUUGUAUUAAAAGAAGGAGUGAUUGUGUCGAGCCCGACAUCGUUGUAGUAAUGUUUCGUUGUAUAUAAUUUAUGAUUGUAAUUAAUUAAUAAGGGCCACCCUGACGCACGAUUGUUAUCUUAUGGAAGAUCUUUGCUUUGUAUCCUUGCUUGUCUAGAUGUAUAUUACUAAAAGCACUGACCGCCGCAUCACAAAUUGUUAAUUGAUGUAAUUGAUAAAACUUCGUAUAUUUAACGGCUUAAAAUAUUGCAUUUAACUAGUUAACAUACCAAAUAGCAGUUACCUAUAAUAUUCUAUUGUUAUCGGUGUAUGAAACACAUCAAUAUUUCAAUGCAUUUAAAUUUAACACAGAAAUAAGUAUUUAUCUCGUAGCAGUUGUAGGUGUCGUUGAAGUAGUUAAAUGUUAAAUCCAUCCCAGAAUUCCUAGAUAAUCUGUCGUUCUUAAGGUUAGUGAAAGUUAUAAGAAUCUCAUAUAUAAAUAUAUACAUAUAUAUUUCUUGACAUAGUGAUAUUAUGAAAUUCAGAAGAAAGUUAUAUACUGUUUACAAUAUUGAUGCUGUAAUGAUAUUUAUUACGUCAUAUGCCAAAAUUAAAUAUAUUU